GAUUCUAUGAAACUCUGCAAAUGGUCUCGUCUCGUCUCGUCUGGUCAAGCUGCUGCACAGUGACCGUCUUCACUGAUUCAUUCACUAAAAUAUUUCCACUCUCUCUCUCUCUAUAAAUAUAUGUGUAACUACUCCACUGAUUCCAAUUCAUUUCCAAUAACGUUGCUUUACUCUCGUUAAUUAAUUAAAAAACUGACUCAAGCUCACAGCGGGCCUGCUUCCAUGGCGUCUGCAUUUGCUCCUCUACAGUCCCUUCUUCCGUCGACGCUGCUCGGCGCUUCUCCGGCGAGCAGGCGCGCCGCCGCAGGCGUUUUUCAACCUUCGAAAGCUUCUGGUUUGUCGACUUUCCAAUGCCGUGCAGUGCAAAAAUCUAAAGCAGAAAGCUUGGAUUUGCCGGUGAAGUACUACUGGCAACAGAAGACUGCUGUGGAAGAAAACGAUAGACAUGAAGAAGAAGAUGCUCUCCAAGAGUCCAAAGAAUCUGACAAGGUAAGGAAUCAUGUCGAAUUGAUUCGGUCGAUGCUUCAAUCCAUGGGCGACGGCGAAAUAACUGUUUCUCCAUACGACACCGCGUGGGUUGCCAUGGUGGAGGACAUUGCCGGCGGCGGUAAGCCGCAGUUCCCCUCCAGCCUCGACUGGAUUUCCGGCAACCAACUCUCCGACGGGUCGUGGGGCGACGCAGAAAUCUUCUCAAUUUACGACCGAAUCAUCAACACAUUGGGCUGCGUCGCUGCAUUGAAGACAUGGAACCUUCAUCCUCAUCAAGCUCAAAAGGGGAUUUCAUUUAUCAAAGAGAAUAUCCACAAGCUCCAAGACGAAAACGAAGAGCACAUGCCGAUUGGAUUCGAAGUGGCAAUGCCAUCGCUGAUGGACAUAGCCAAGAAAUUAGACAUUGAUAUCCCUUACGAAGCUCCAGCUUUGCAGGAGAUUUACCAGAGAAGGGAGAUAAAGCUCAAAAAGAUUCCUAGACAAGUGAUGCACACAGUGCCGACAACGCUGCUCCAUAGCCUGGAAGGAAUGCCAGACCUUGUGUGGGAGAAGCUUUUGAAACUGCAAUCUUCGAACGGUUCUUUCCUCUUCUCUCCGUCGUCCACCGCCUUCGCUCUCCAACAGACCAAGGACGAGAAAUGCCUCGGGUAUCUCGGGAACAUGGUCCAGAAAUUCAAUGGAGGAGUUCCCAAUGUGUAUCCGGUGGACUUGUUCGAACAUAUCUGGGCAGUGGACAGGCUACAGAGGCUGGGAAUAUCUCGAUACUUUCAGUCAGAGAUAGAUGAAUGUGUCCACUAUGUUCACAGGUACUGGACAAAUAGAGGAAUCUGCUGGGCGAGGGAUUCCGAGGUUCAGGACAUUGAUGACACGGCGAUGGCGUUCAGGUUGAUGAGGAUGCAGGGAUACGAAGUUUCCUCAGAUGUGUUCAAAAAUUUUAUGAGAGGUGGAGAAUUCUUCUGCUUUGUGGGACAAUCGAGCCAGGCUGUCACCGGAAUGUACAACCUGUACAGAGCUUCUCAGCUCAUGUUCCCCGGAGAAGACAUACUUUCCGAUGCCCGGAAGUUUUCAGCCAAGUAUUUGCAAGAAAAACGCGCUGAUAAUCAGCUUUUGGAUAAGUGGAUCAUCACCAAAGAUCUUCCAGGGGAGGUAGGAUAUGCACUGGAUGUGCCGUGGUAUGCCAGUUUACCCAGACUGGAGACGAGGUUUUUCCUCGACCAAUAUGGCGGUCACGACGAUGUCUGGAUAGGCAAAACAUUAUACAGGAUGCCUUAUGUUAACAAUGAUACGUAUUUGGAGCUCGCGAAGCUUGACUACAGCAACUGCCAGGCAUUGCAUCAGGACGAGCUGAGGAGCAUCCAAAAAUGGUGCAGAAAGUUUUCCCUUGCCGAGUUUGGUUUAACUGGUGAAAGCCUUCUCCAAGCUUACUACAUUGCAGCUGCAAGUAUUUUCGCGCCUGAACAAGCGCUGGAGCGCCUCACUUGGGCCAAAACGGUCAUUCUAGUCGAGACCCUCGUGUCCCAUUUUGAUCACGGAUCCAAAGAACAAAAGCUCGACUUUGUGAAUGAAUUCGAACUCGCCUGGAGCUCUCCCAAAUAUAACAAUGGAGCAAGGUACAACACAAAAUCCAUUUUUGGCGCGAUGAUGAUUAGAGCAUUUAAUCAGAUCUCACUGGACAUUCAGUUGGCACACUGCCCUGACGACCAUAAUCGCUUCAAUGAUGCGUGGCGUAAUUGGCUGAAUAAAUGGAUAGAAGCAGAAGAUGAUCCGAGGCAGGGCGAAGCAGAGCUACAAAUAGAAAUCCUAAAUCUAAGCAGUUGUGCAACAUCACAGGAGCUUUCUCCAUUGCUGCAUUCGGAGUAUCAACAGCUGAUGAAGGCCACUGUCGCAGUAUGCGACCAGCUCCAUCUUCACCAAAGCCUAAAGGAUGCCAAUGGUGGGAUCUCGACAGCCGAAAUCGAAUCAAGCAUGCAACAAUUGGCGAAACUGGUGCUGAAAAAAUCAUCCAUGGAUUCUGCUCUCAAGAAAAACUUUCUUACAGUUGCAAGAAGCUUUUAUUACAGGAGCUACUUUGGCCCUGAAACCAUCAACAGCCACAUUGAUAAGGUACUCUUUGAAAGAGUGCUGUAAAUGUGUGAUGAAUCUUUAUGUAAAUGUUGGAAUAACUAUUUGGCAAUGAGCAGCUAAUAAUUUUCUCAGAUGAAUAAAUAAUUAGUUGCUACUAA